UCUGCUGUCAGCAUGAAGACAUUUCUGAUUGGGCUCCUGCUUGGCCUGGCAUACGUGGAGUUGGCCCAGUCCUUACGAUGUUACACGUGCAAGGAUCCAACAGACAUUGCUGAGUGCAGAACAGCCACCCUGUGCCCCCCGAAAGCCACCGUGUGUACAACAACACUGCAUUCCGUAGACACAGGUUAUCCCUUUUUUGGCAACAUCACCGUAACCAGAAGCUGUGAGGAAGAAUGCAUCUCCUAUAAUGGAAUAGGGGCAAACAAACCCAAGUCAUGCUGCUACACUGAUCUCUGCACCGAUGACACCAGAACCAUCAACGGGGUGGGAAGGAGUUCUGCAGCACUGGGUCUGAUGGCCAUGGUCGUUGGCACACUCCUCCGGUACGCUCUGUAA